UUUUAUUUUCAUCUGGCCCGGACGAUGAUGAAACUGGCGGUAGUAUUAUGAGCUGUCCCCGCCCUGCACCGCCCGCAGUUUGUAGGUUACUGAAAGAUUUCACCACCCACAGCAAAGAAGAUUAGAGAGGAAUUAAUGGUAUUCCUUUGUCAUUAUAGGAACAAAUUUAUAUUUGGUUUUAAGUCAGAGGGGUGGGGAGAGCGGGGGAGUCGGAGCAACAUGUUGCGUCAGGACAGAGGGAUGGCACAGUGACAGGCAAACGCAGCCAGGAGGAUGCUCGUGCACUGGCGCUGAGCUGCUGGAUAUCUCCACUGACGCUCGCCAUGUUACGGGACCUGCGAGUAAAAGAGACGGCGGACAUGACCUGGUGUUUGCCCGGCGGGACAGAAUAAGUGCACCUGGGACAUGGACGUGCCACUAGGAGACCGGGACAGCCGUGUCUGGGUGAGACACUGACAAACUGGGAGGGACGUUCGGGUUCCUCUUGCAUCUGAAGCCCCUGCUCAAUCAUGAGACUGGCCCUCCUGGCCUUGAGACUGAUGGUUUUGGCCUGGCUGUGGCCUGUCACUCAGCUCAACAGCAGCACUUUCCCUAACAAGAAAAGGCACAAAGAGGUCUACGUUGGGGAGAGCAAUAAAGUAAAGCAUGGGGGACGGGUGGAUCUCAAGAUGAAAAAGCUGGACAGCACAAAGUCCCUGUUAAUUAAAUCUGAGCAACUGCUUCGGAUUGAAGAUCAUGACUUUGCAAUGCGUCCAGGCUUUGGAGGUUCUGCUCUUCCAGUUGGAAUAGAUGUCCAGGUAGAGAGCAUUGACAGCAUAUCUGAAGUAAACAUGGACUUCACCAUGACCCUCUAUUUGAGGCAUUACUGGCAAGACGAUCGGCUGGCUUUCCCCUCCAGCAGCAAUAAAAGUCGAACUUUCGAUGCGCGCCUCGUCAAGAAAAUUUGGGUUCCAGAUGUGUUCUUUGUCCAUUCGAAGCGUUCAUUUAUCCAUGAUACAACUAUGGAGAACAUUAUGCUGAGGGUUUUUCCUGAUGGAAAUAUUCUCUACAGUGUCAGGAUCACAGUGACUGCUCUGUGCUCAAUGGACUUCAGUAGCUUCCCUCUGGACACCCAGAACUGCUCUCUGGAGCUGGAGAGCUAUGCUUACAAUGAGAACGACCUAAUGCUCUACUGGAAGAACGGGAACGAUUCAUUAAGGACUGAUGAGAUUGUGCUCUCUCAGUUUUUUAUUGAAGACUUCCAGCCUUCCUUUGGGCUUGCCUUCUACAGCAGCACUGGUUGGUACAACCGACUCUACAUAAACUUCAUCCUGAGGAGGCACAUCUUCUUCUUCAUGCUACAGACUUAUUUUCCAACCAUGCUCAUGGUGAUGCUGUCAUGGGUGUCUUUCUGGAUUGACAGGAGAGCCGUACCUGCCCGUGUCUCACUGGGCAUCACCACCGUUCUAACCAUGUCCACCAUUAUCACCGGUGUCUCCGCCUCAAUGCCACAAGUGUCUUACGUCAAAGCCGUAGACAUCUACUUGUGGGCAAGCUUCCUGUUUGUCUUUUUGUCCGUCAUCGAGUACGCCGCUGUCAACUAUUUCACCACGGUGGAGGAGAUGAAGAAGCUGAAGAAUGCAAAGAUCCCCAGCAACUUCAAUGCCACCGAGGCCAUGGCCUUCGACGGGUGCUUCCACGACAACGACAUUGACCUGGCUCCUUUCCCAGAGGUCCCCAUCACCCCGAACACAGACAGAAACACCCAGUCUCGAAACUCCACUGCGUCUGCUCCCAUGGAGGGAACCAGGCUCCAUCGCAGGAACACCCUGAAAUACAACCUGAGCUUCAUCAGGAGCAACAGCUACAUGAUCGACUCUUGCUCCAGAGUCAUCUUCCCUCUGGCUUAUUUGCUAUUUAACAUCAUUUACUGGAGUUUGUAUUCGUAGGACGUUUGUUAAAAGACUUUUACAAUUUAAACCUUGCUAAUCACCAUAUUUGCUGGUUCAUCCUAGCACAAUGACCUUUUGUUAGCGCAAUGUUCUAUGUCUUUUAUGAUGUUUUAGAUUCAAGAAGCUGAGAUCGGCCGUUACAGCAAAUACAGGGCAAACAUUAUAAGCCGGUAUCCUUUGAAAUGGUGUGUAAAAAAAAUACUUUAAAAUAAAUCUUUUAUUGCGGUAAAAUCGUUAUAUUGAAAAUUGUAGACAAGUCUAACUUGAUUCGAGACAACUUUACUCAGUGAGAGAGAAACCCAAUGUUAAGAAAACUGUCAACCCCAAGAGACAGCUAAUAACAGCCCUGCUGACUACGGUGGCUGGUAAGAUAUGAAAUAUAAGAAAUAUGGAUCCUCGUCCAGGUUAUAGCCCCUGACCUCAGUGUCAUGUCUUAUUUAGAAGUCCAAGCAAACAGAAAUCAAUUAUCAAUUUAAUCCGUUCAACGGUUUUUGAAACUACAAAUACAUUUUUAAGGAAUACUUGGAGGUACCGCAGAUAAUUUUUCUAAAAUGAUUUCUUAAAAUGGGAUUUUUUUUGUUCCCCUAUUGUAUAAAGGUACUCAGAUUUUAAUAAAAAUAAUUGUAUUAAGGCUCUUUACAAAUAUUUACCAGUGGUGCCAGUGAAGUUGUCUAUCUGGAGCCAUAAUUUUCCAAAGUCUUAAGCAAUUAUUUUCAUUUUAUUUUGUUUUAUUUUUGUGCUUGAUUUGGCACAAAGCAAUAUUUUGUAUUAUUAUUAUUUGUGUGUCCUGUCUUGGGAUUUCAGGUAUGUCAUAUAAAAAAGGUGGUUGCCUACAUGUACCGGGAAAGCUUUCUUCUACAUAAAGUAUAUCUAAGCAUAGUAUCCUAAUUGCAGGAUGAACUUUAUUAAAUCAAGAAUGCAUCUCUUAUUAAAGUAGACAGGCCACAACAGAGAAAUGGGAACUUGUACAAAGCGAUAUAUUCUCCAACAUCUUUACAAAUAAAUUUAUGGUCUUACAUA